UUGAAAUAAAGGAAAGGGAAAGGAAAACCAUUUUUUCCUUGAUUUUUCAUUCCACUUUUCUGUUAGCUUGCUCCUCAAACUCUUGAGAUUAAUAAGAUUUUUUACUCUUCCUAUCAUCAGGAGGCGAUUAAGGUACACAGAUUAGAUAGGUGAAACAUUUUGUUAUUCAUUCGAAUUCGAGAUUAUAUCUUCAGCAGAUAGACAUGGCAAACAACAGAUCAGACUGCACUUUCUGCUCAUCAUCAUCAUCAUCGGAUUGCUGCAAUCCAUUACGAUUAAUAUCGCUGAGACAACCUUAAACAGGGCUAGUAGUCUGACAGACAAGGCUGCACUUGUAACGUUCAAGUCGCGGUUGUUGUUGGAUCCCGGCAGGGUCUUGGCAAAGAAUUGGUCGGAAAAUAGCUCUCACUGCAGUUGGGUCGGCGUUUCCUGCGGCCGCCGGCAUGAUAGAGUGACAGCCUUGGUUCUCCCUAGUAUGGGUCUCAGAGGAACCAUUGCUGGAGAAAUAGGAAACCUGUCUUUCCUGGUUUCCUUCGACAUUAGCGGCAAUAGCUUUUACGGACAUGUCCCCGAAGAACUCGGCCGGUUGAGGCGGCUGAGGAGUUUGUUUAUGGGGGCCAAUCAACUCUCCGGGAACUAACAUUCCGGCAGCUUUUGGGUUGUUGACUAAUCUUCGAGUUCUCAACAUGUCAAAAAACCUUCUCAGUGGAAAUGUGCCGAGAGAAAUAGGAAACUUAUCAGCCCUGCAACAGUUAGCUCUGGGGUGGAAUAAUCUUACAGGGAAUAUAUGGAGUGAAUUUGGGAACUUAUCAUCACUACAAAAAUUAUCACUUCCUUGGAAUAACUUUAUUGGUACUAUACCAGCUUCAAUUGCCAAUUUGUCAAACUUGGAGAUGUUUGACAUUGGGCAUAACAAUAUCAAUGGAGACAUUCCUUCUGAACUUGGGCAUUUGCGAACUCUGAAAGAAAUUUAUCUUAGUUUCAAUAGUUUUGAUGGUGAAUUUCCAAGAUCACUAUUGAACAUAUCAGGCUUGCAGAAGAUUGCCUUGUAGGCAACAACUUUUCUAGCAAUCUUCCACCAAACUUGGCUUUCAAGCUUCCCAAUAUUGAAGGCCUUUAUCUGGCUAGCAACAGCUUCAGUGGAAACAUCCCUCCUUCUAUCUCAAAUGCCUCUAAACUUGCAUAUUUGGAUCUUGGAAGAAAUUUCUUGAGUGGACAUUUAACUGCAACUUUGGGAAAUUUAGAUCAGCUUUUGUUCCUCAGUCUGCAAUUUAAUUGAUUGAGAAAUGAUCCAUCAAGCCCUGAGCUAAGCUUCCUUACUUCCUUGAUGAAAUUGAAGCAACUUCAGACUUUACAAAUAGGACACAAUCCAUUGAAUGGAACUUUCCCAAGAUCCUUCCCUAAUGGUAAUCUAUCCAUGUCUCAUAUGACAUUUCUUGCUGCUGGGAGUGGCAUUAGAGGCCAAAUUCCUAUUGAAAUUGGCAACUUGACCAAGCUAAUCUGGCUUGGCAUAGAUGAUAAUUAUUUGACUGGAAUGGUUCCAAGAACAUUGGGAAAUCUACAACAAAUGCAAAGGAUAAAUCUAGGAGGCAACAGGUUAGAUGGGACAAUCCCAGCCAACAUAUGCAAUUUGAAGGAUUUAUAUUUUCUGGCAUUGGACAAUAACAAGCUUUCAGGGAGGAUACCAAGCUGUUUGGGAAAUCUUUCUUCACUCACACAAUUAUAUCUAGAUUCCAAUCAAUUUUUUUCUAGUUUGCCACCAUCCUUAUGGUUGAAUAACAAAAUCCAAAUUCUAGAUUUGUCUUCAAAUCAUCUCAGUGGCGCUAUAUCUCCAGAUAUCGGUUUGUUGAGCAGCAUUACAGAAUUAUAUCUAUCAUCAAAUCAGUUCACUGGCGAGAUUCCAAGCACUUUAAGGCAGUUACAACAUUUAGUAAAUCUUUCAUUGUCAAUAAACAUGUUACAUGGUCAUAUACCUCAAUCAUUUGGCAGCUUAGUAGGCCUAGAAUACUUGGAUCUUUCACAGAAUAAUCUUUCUGGUGUGAUUCCCAUGUCCCUAGAGAAACUUCAGUAUCUUGUUUAUUUAAAUGUUUCUUUCAAUCAUCUUAUUGGGAAAAUACCUAAUGGAGGACCUUUCAGAAACUUCUCUACUCAAUCUUUUAUGGGUAAUGAUGCUUUAUGUGGGUUGCAGCUUGGAUCUUGCGAAAGUCCUGAAUAUGGGGAGUCAAGAAAAGUGAGGAGUUUGUUAAAGUAUGUUCUGCCAACACUUGCACUCAUACUACUACUAGCUAUUUUUGUGAUUGUGGCGCUAAGAUCGCGUAGUAGAAACACAAAGUUCCAAGAUGGAACUAGUCUAGAGCCUCCUCAUUUCAUGCGCAAGAGGAUCUCGUACCAUGAUAUGCUCAGGGCAACAGACAACUUUGAUGAAAGUAAUUUGAUUGGGAGUGGAAGCUAUGGUUCAGUGUACAUGGCGAAAUUUGCUGAUGGGGCGAUUGCUGCUGUGAAGGUGUUUAACCUGGAUUCACGGUGUGCAUUCAAGAGCUUUGAUUCAGAGUGCAAAGCAAUGCGUGACAUUCGCCACAGGAAUCUUGUUAAGGUCAUUGGCAUUUGCUCCAAUCAGGAUGUUAAAGCCUUGGUUCUUGAAUACAUGUCAAAUGGAAGCAUGGAAAGGUGGCUUCACAACUUCAACUAUUGCCUGGAUUUUGUUAAAAGACUAGAAAUCAUGUUAGAUGUGGCAUCUACAUUAGAGUAUCUGCAUCAUAAUUAUUUUCACCCUAUAGUGCACUGUGACUUGAAGCCUAGCAAUGUCCUUUUAGAUGAAGACAUGGUUGCACAUUUAGGUGACUUUGGCAUAGCCAAAAUAUUAACCCUACAGAAUCAGGCUGAACAAACAGAUACAUUAGGCACUAUUGGGUACAUGGCACCAGGUAAAAGUUAUAAUCUUUUCUUGCAAACUUUCAUGUAUGUUCAAUCACUUUUUUGCUGGAUUUAUGCAAAAAUUUCAGAGUAUGAAGCAGCUGGAAUAGUUUCUGCAAUGGGAGAUGUUUAUAGCUAUGGGAUUCUUUUGGCAGAAACUUUUACAAGAAAGAAACCCACAGAUGAAAUGUUCUCUUGAGAUCUAACAAUGGAAAGAUGGAUUUCUGAAUCAUUUCCUAUGAACAUUAUGCAGAGAGUGGAUGGCAAUUUGGUGGUGGAGGGUGAAGAGAAUUUUGUUGUGAAGCCAAUUUGCCUGAAAUCAAUCAUGGAUUUGGUUCUUCAAUGUACACAAGACUUGCCUGAGAAUAGAAUCAACAUGAAACAAGUAGUUGAUGCACUUAAGAAGAUCAUUUCCAAGUUUCACCAAAAUUAAGCACCAUGUAAAAUGCCCAUUAAUAGUCAAGUUUACUUCAUUAUAAA